GUUGAUUUGUGGGAUAGUAUAAAAGGCUAUGUGAUUGAAGUUUCUGCAUCAGAAGUGUUCGCAAUAAGCAGCACUGCAGACGAUCACUGGACACUUGGACCAUGAAACUCUUGAUACUGACGGCGAUUAUCGCCGCGGUAGCGUCGAGCCCGCUCACCCAAAACAAAAGCUGGCCAUGGCAGGUCGGUAAGGAGUACCUGUAUGACGUGAACACCUACACCGUCGCGUCUUUCGAUGGCAGCAACAGCAACGGAAACGCCUUCAAGGCUCAAUUCGCCGUCCGCGUGGUCGCUCCCGGCUACCUCCUCGCCAAACUGACCAACUCAGUGUACGCACAGGUUCAGGAUGAGAAAGUUACGUUCAGCGUCUUACCUUCCGACCUCAAGUACCAGCCCGUUCAGAUCUCAGACCAACCCAUCGAGAUCUUUGUCAAGGGUGGCCGUGUCAAGUCUUUCAGUGUCCCCAAAACACUCUCCGUUGCUCACGAGAACUUACUGAAGGGUCUCAUCAGCGCUCUCCAAGUUGAUCUCUCUCCUUACGGCCAUGUCGAUAACUUCCCCAACAGCUACGACAAGGAAUCUUUCCAAGGUAUCUUCAAGAAGGUGGAAGCUGAUCUGGCUGGUGAAUGUGAGACCCUUUACACCGUUUCGCCUGUUUCCGCUGAGUGGCGUCGUGAAUUCCCCAACUUCGCUUCAGAGGAGGCACCUAUUGAGGUGAUCAAGAGCAAGAACUACGGCUCAUGCAAGAAGCGUUCUGCUUUAUACUCCGGUGUGCCAGAAGGCUCCAUCUGGAACGGCAUCGCUUAUGAAAAUGACGAACAACAGUUGCUCAAGCAAACUUCUGAAGCCCGUAUUGUGGCGAGCAAACAAGGCACCAUCUACAAAUCUGAAGUCCUUAACUCAGUCUUUGUCAGCCCUCUCCUUUACGGUAAACAGAAGGCUCAAGUUACCAGUUAUGUUAAAUUCUACCUUGUCUCGGUCCAAGACAGUGGUGCUGAGUGGAAAAAACCUGAAGGAGGCCGCUCUAUCGACUCCCUUAUUUUCACUAUGAGCGAAGCUAUGUUCCUCCCUAAGGUCUCAGACCAAAGUAUUGCUAACUCUCAAAAACUGCUCCAGGAAAUGGCUCCCCUACUGCAGUCACCCAGCCAACUGCCGAAGGCUGAUUUCCUGUCAAAAUUCAACAUCCUUAUUCGCCACUUAGCUACCUUUAACUCCGAGCAGCUGACUGUAUUGAGCAACAGCGUUGAAAUCGCCAGGAACUCCAAGAACGCCGCUAAGAACGCUAUGUGGAUCAUCUACCGUGAUGCUCUCGCUCAAUCUGGUACCGUUGCUGCAUUCCAACAAAUCAAGUCCUGGGUGCUUGCCCAGAAGAUCAGCGGUGAAGAAGCAGCUGAGCUGAUUUCUGGUAUUGGUGCUGCCCUCCGCUACCCUACUAAACAGGUCCUGACUGAAUUUUUCGAAUUCGCCAUCAACCCCGAAGUUCAGCAACUGAAGUUGGUUAACACCUCAGCCCUGUUAGCUGCCACCAGAUUCAGCCGCAAUGUUGAGGAUAGCUUAUAUGUAGUCGAAUCUAUCAUCCCUUGGCUGUCGAAGGAAUUGAAACAGGCUGCUCAGAAUGGCGAUACAGUCAAGGCCCAAGUUUACAUUAGAUCACUAGGAAACUUAGCUAACCCAGAAAUCCUGAAAGUAUACGCUCCAUACUUGGACGGCAGCAUUGCAGUCAGCAAGUACCUGCGCGUCCAGAUUGUCGCCAGCCUGAAGACUUUGGCUAACCUCAAGGAUGAAAACGUUCGUGCUGCACUUUACAGCAUCUUGAAGAACACUGCUGAGCCCUACGAAGUGAGAGUUGUUGCUAUCUUGAACAUCUUCCUGAACGAACCCACCGCUGAAAUGAUGCAAAUCAUGGCACAUAUGACCAACGACGACCCUAGCACCCAAGUGCGUGCUGUUUUAGCUAACGGCAUUAACUUCGCAGCUGGACUUAAGAGCCCACGCUUCUCUGUACUGGCCAAGACUGCUAAGGCUGUCCAACCUUUUGUUGCUAAAGAGAAAUUCGGAUACCGCAUCUCCACUGACAGUCUUAUUGAUGAGUACACCAGCGAAGAUGACUUCACCUUCUUCAGGGAACUGGCAUACGUUGGCAGCGAGGACAACUUCUUCCCUGUAUACCACAGAACUGCGCUGAGGACUAGGGGCACUAACUUGAAUGAGGAAAGCCAGGUCACUUUGUCCGUCUCAGGCGUGCAGCAGAUUAUUGAGCACAUUGCCGAUUUGAUCUACGAGCCUAACAAGGCCAAGGUAGACUUGAAGUACUCUGCUAAGAAGAUCGCUGAAAAACUGAACCUCAAGCGUCAAAAACCCGACCCCAUUGAAGGAGCUCUCUUCCUCGAGAACUUGAACCAGCAAAAACUCAUCACUUUCAGUGAAGCUGACCUCAUCGCUUUCAUUACUAGCACUGUUGAAAACAUUGAAAAACUAUUCAAUGGUGUCGAUGUCCAAUACACUAAGAUAUUGAACAACAAACUGACAUACAUCGUUUUCCCUCUUGCUUCUGGUAUGCCAUUCUACUACGAGUACAAUGAACCUCUUAUGUACUCUUUCAACGGCCAAGCUAAAAUCAAGGUUGACAGGAACAGUAAAUCCUUAGCUGGCUCUCUGCAGAAGAACAUUGACUUCACUUAUGCGAGAAACGUAGAUGGCAGUGUUGGUUUCUUGGACACGCUCAAUGAUGUAUACGCUUUCGCUGGAGUCAUCAACAAGAUUCAAUUCUACAUCCCCGCCAACCUGAACACCGUGAUCACACCAGGACAAGUCAAACUGAGCUUCAAGCUUCCCGAGCAAGAUGCUAGCUUUGUUCACCUGAGCGUUUGGCCCUACACUACUCUGAAAAAGGUUGAUGCUAUCCAGGCUAUUUCUGAACUCCCAUCGACCAAGAUCAUCAAACGUGCCGAGAAGGUUGUAUCUAAUGAAAUUAAAUUUGGAUACUUAGCCGGUGUCUCCCUACUUUUCGAAGGAUACUCCUACUCUUCUGACUUCAAGUCGACCGAUCUCUACGACACAGACAUCGUUUCGAGCAUUGGUACACUUUUCUACCCGAAAGAUAUCGCCCUGACCGAGUUUGAACUCAAAUACAAUGCUAAGGAGUCCACCAACAAGGAUGUGACAGUCACCCUCUUCUCUGACACAUUGUACAACCAGAAACAAAGCGGUGAACUGGCACCUGCUGCUCUCUUCAAGGACGUGUCUGCUAACAGCCAGGCUCGCCGCGAAGAGAUCGUCAAGCGCGCCGCCACCGGUAUCGAGUCUGCCCAAGUGGAGCUCUACGAUUUCAGCGCUGUCUUUGAAGGAAAGAAGAAGGUCGAAUAUGUCCUCACCGCUGCCAUCGCCGACAGCUUCGUUGACAACAAGUUCCAGGGAGUAUUCUUCUUGAGCAGCUGGCAAGAACAGAUCAACGCAGUAUUCAAGGUCGUCAAACCUAAGAUUGCUCCUCUCAACUUCAAGGAAGCUUUGAAGAACCAAAUUAAGGUCACUUACGAUCUUGACUUGAAGUUCGGAAACCAGAAGAACAUUCAUCUCCAAGGUUACAGUGAGCGUAGCGAGACUUACACCGAACAAUUACAAAAUGACCCCUCUGCCCAGAAGUGCUUGGAAGAGACUAACGAGAACAACACCUUCCAAAGAGAUUGCUACAAGCUAAUCGUUAAGGCACACGCUCCCGACUUCUUCAAGGCUUCAAUAUCUUACGAAGACAAGGAACUGACCCCAGUAGCUAUGAAGAGCAUUACUGAGUACUACGACAUCUUCAAGUCGAGGAACUCCUACACUGAGGAAGAGGACGUUUUGAGGACCAUUGAGAACGGAAAACUGGAAAUCGAAGCUCAGUUCUUCUACGAAGAGAACUACGCUAACUACGAGUUUGCUUCCCAAUACGGAGUGCUCCGUUUGAACAACGUUGAGGGUGUGGCUUACUACCCCUUCGGCUUUGCUGUGUACGCUCCCAUUACUGCCGUUGAGCGUUCAUACAACUACUACUACGGCGAGCAAUACACUCCCUACUGUGUUGUGGACAGCAGCAAGAUCCAAACCUUCAGCGGCCGCAGCUACGACUACGGUCUAUCCGGCUCCUGGCACGUGGUGAUGGUGGACGAGGCCAAUGACUACGGCAAGUGGACCGACCUGGUCAUCCUCGCCAGGAGGCCCAGCGAGAAGCAGGAGGAGGUCUACGUAUCAUACGUGACUGAGGACGGUAAAUACUUGGAGCUGAACAUCAAGCCUGCCGGUAUUGACGUCAAGACCAACGGCAAGAAAGUUUCUGAAGGCGCCCUCACCUCAUACUGGAACGAUGAAGCUGAAGCUCCUCUGCUGCAGUACUACACCUUGGCUGAAGGCGUCCUCGUCUUCAACAUCAAGAACGGAGCCAUCCGCAUCGUCUACGACCAGCAGAGGCUCGCCAUCUUCACUGAUGAGCACCGUAAGACCACCAGGGGUGUCUGCGGACAGGACUCCACUCAAACUCGUGACGACUACAUCACGCCUUACGGUAUUGUGGACUCUCCUCAGCUAUAUGGUGCGUCCUUCGCUUUGGACGGUGAGAACAGCGACCCCAAGACUGAGGCGCUGAAGAAGGAAGCUCAACAGAAGGCAUACCAGCCCUUCGUUAAGUACACCAACAUCCUCAGCUCUGACUCUGAAUGGAGCAAGGCUAAGAACCACUCCCACUAAACUAUAAAUUGGUAGUUUAACGAUGACCGAGCUAGUCCUAUUGAAAUAUGACUACAAUGUGCAAUUGUAAAUAUAGUAUGAAUCAAAUAUUUAUAACGUAUCUAUUUGAAUAUGUCAGUGUAUAUAAAAUAGUAUUUCUAAUUAUGUAAUUGUAUCGUAUGUAACUUAACGACCUUACACCACAUGAAAAUGUACCUGUAAAAUGUUGAUAACUUAUUGAAGUUACAUUAAAAUAAUAUUAUAAAUGA